AAGUGACCACCAGCUCUGCAGUUCACAGGUCACCAACCCCGUUUGUUGGAUCUGUCCUCUCUCUAAAACCCUGAAACUCUUGCUGUCUUUUACGCUCUCCCAUUCUCAAGCUAGCCCUUUUACUCUCUAUUGCUCCUCUAAUGGCGAUCUGCUUCUUAUCUCCGGUGAAACCCAUAUCGAUUUCUCCAUUAGUACACAAUAAAAACCCACCAGUCUUCCGCUGCAACUUCUCUCUCCCAACCAUCACCACUGAACCCAAACCAGUUUUCACCUCCGUCAGAUCAUUCGCCCCCGCUACUGUUGCCAACCUUGGCCCCGGCUUCGACUUCUUGGGUUGCGCCGUCGACGGCCUCGGAGACUUUGUCUCUGUCACUGUCGACUCCUCCGUCCAUCCCGGCGAGAUCUCCAUCUCUGAUAUUUCUGGAACCCAUGCGAGCAAAAAGCUGUCCAAGAACCCUCUCUGGAACUGCGCCGGUAUCGCCGCUAUUGCUACCAUGAAAAUGCUCAAUAUACGGUCUGUGGGUCUUUCGCUAAUACUUGAAAAAGGCCUUCCCUUGGGGAGCGGCCUUGGAUCGAGCGCUGCAAGUGCGGCGGCGGCUGCUGUGGCUGUUAACGAGAUUUUUGGGGGAAAAUUAGAAGCUAAGGAUCUAGUUCUUGCUGGAUUGGAAUCUGAAGCCAAAGUUUCAGGCUAUCAUGCAGAUAAUAUAGCGCCAGCAAUCAUGGGAGGAUUUGUAUUGAUUAGAAGUUAUGAUCCAUUAGAAUUGAUGAGCUUAAAGUUCCCAGAAGGAAAGGAUCUCUUUUUUGUCCUCGUCAGUCCUGAUUUUGAGGCACCCACCAAGAAAAUGCGAGCUGCGUUGCCGGCAGAAAUCGGGAUGCCCCACCACGUCUGGAACUGCAGCCAAGCUGGGGCGUUAGUGGCUUCUGUGCUGCAAGGGGAUUUGGUUGGGUUAGGCCAGGCUCUAUCAUCUGAUAAGAUCGUGGAGCCCAAGCGGGCGCCAUUGAUUCCUGGGAUGGAAGAGGUGAAGAAAGCGGCUAUUAGAGCUGGGGCAUUUGGGUGUACAAUUAGCGGGGCAGGGCCUACAGCUGUAGCUGUGAUUGAUGAUGAAGAGAGAGGAAAAGAGAUUGGGGAGAGUAUGGUAGAAGCCUUUUGGAAGGAAGGGAAUUUGAAGGCUGUGGCUAUGGUGAAGAGGUUAGAUAGAGUUGGUGCUAGACUUGUUGGGAGUGUUCCAACUAGAUAAUCCAACAAUUCUCUAUGUGGGUGUGUUCUCUUUUUUUUUUUUUUAGCCACUAGUUUGAUUUUAGAGCAUGCAACAACAGAGAAACGAACUCUACUGUUUGUCCAUUUCCCUGAGGCAUUAAUAAAAUUUAGUUUCUAGUUCUCCUUUUAGUUAAUUAUGUUGUAUCUGGUUUGCAUAAGCUUAAUCUGUAAAGUUCCUGAAUUCUUGGAGUCUCAGUUUUGUAUUCCAUUUGACUUGCCA